AUGGAAGUACUCGACGCGACAAGCCUUGCGGAGCGGUUGAAGUGGGAGGCGAAGGGAUAUUGGUUACACUUCGAGGCUGAGACACCACUCGAGAAAUAUCCAGCAAAACAACAUGCAAGACGCGUGCAAGAGAAGCUCGGCAUUGAGGAGGGCUUGAUCUAUCUGUCCGGUCAGCAAGCGAGAAACAACGAGGACAGCGACAUGCCUGCACCAUUCAGGCAAUUGCGAUACUUCUACUAUCUCUCUGGAGGGCCAACACUUGCCGAAGCCCUGGUAAAGUACGAUGUUGAUGAAGUCUACUAUUCCGAUGAAGUCUCGGACUACAUCAUCGACUGGUACCACCACAGCUGCAACAGAGGCAAGCUUUAUACGUUGCACGACCCAGCGAAGUCUCCGAUCGGUAACCACCAUGCGCCUAUUGAUUCUGUGUCCCUUCAGCCAGCGAUGAACGUUGCGCGAAUGAUCAAGGACGAGCACGAGAUCAAACUCAUCCGAAAAGCCAACGACAUUAGUUCAAAAGCGCACAGGGAGGUUUUGAGCAACAUCUUGAAGUUCACAAACGAGGCUCAGGUCGAGGGGCUCUUUCUCGAUGUUUGCGUGUCGCAUCAAGCGAAACAACAAGCAUAUGACCCCAUCGCUGCUUCGGGGCCAAACGCAGGGACUCUACAUUACGAUGCCAACGAUGAGGACUUCGGAAAACGUCAGCUUAUGUGUCUGGAUGCCGGAUGUGAGUAUGAGCUCUAUGCCAGCGAUAUCACUCGCACGUUCCCGCUGUCAUCCAAGUGGCCGAGCAAAGAGGCAGCGAAUAUUUACAGGCUUGUCGAGCGAAUGCAAGAAUUGUGCAUCAAGCGUCUGGCACCAGGUGUGAGGUACCUUGAUCUCCAUAUCCUGGCGCAUCAGAUCGCGAUCGAUGGUCUACUGGCGCUCGGCAUAUUGCACAACGGUACCAAGGAAGAGAUAUACAAAGCAGGUACAAGCAGAGCCUUCUUUCCUCACGGACUUGGUCAUCAUAUAGGUCUGGAAGUGCAUGAUGUGGGCCAGGCCGAGCUUAUGAGUGUCCGGAGAGGAAAACAGGUUCUUGAGCAGAGCAGUCAUCUGGAGGAAGGAAUGAUAGUCACUGUUGAACCCGGAAUCUACUUCUCGGUUUACGCGCUUCAGCAUUUCUAUCUUCCAUCGCCAGUCCACUCCAAGUACAUCAACCUCGAAGUAUUGAACCGUUAUCUGCCGGUUGGUGGAGUACGCAUCGAGGACGAUAUCCUCAUUACUGCAAAGAGUUAUGAGAAUUUGACUACUGCCCCCAAAGGUGAUGAAAUGCUCGAGAUUAUCCAAAGGGGAAGAUCCAACGUCAACUCUAUUCCAGCCCGGAGACAGUCGGGGCGCACACAGAUCACUGAAGACGAGCCGCCACUUCUGCGUGCUCCGGGGAUUUCCGCUUCCACACCUCAGUCAAUACUAAGACCCAUCGCAAGGUCUUCUACCAUGCCUGCAGAACUGAAACAAGAUAAAUCUGUCGACUUCGAGCCUUUCGAAGGUCCCUCUUUGUUCUCCAACUUUAGACGAUCGAUGACCACCGACGAAAAGAUCCAGCGUUGGCAACAGGAUCACAUCCCCACUACAGCAACACGGAUCAAUCUUACGCCUAGCUCCCAAUACAAAUCAGUAUGUGGUAGCAACACUAGGGAAGUCAAGCAUGUCUACAUGAUAUCUGGGUCUUUUCCACCAGGUACAGCCCGUGGCGCGCUCCGUGAGCAAAUUCUACCCGCUUGCAAGCAAUGUACGAUAUUAUGCGAGACGCUAGAUCGACUACGGCAAAGUCUAUCAAUGUCCAAAGAAAGCCCGGAAGCCGAACUUGACGUCUCGCCCGUCAUCUCACAGAAACAGAUAAGGAAUCGCCGGAGUGUUUCCUCCACAGCACGGCAUGAUCUUCGAGGAGAUCGCGAGCGUCCACAACACAGUCCCAUGACUGGCCUUGCCAACGGUCUAUCAGCCAUGUGUCUCGAGCCACUCAACCAUGUUAGUGAAUCACCUACUCCAUCCCAACGACGUGCGGGAGGCUGUACGCCACAUUGGAGGGGGCAGAACCGCGCGGACCAGUCGGGUGAUGAUGCAUUACGAGCAGCACAGGAAACUCAAAUCCUGCAAAGCAAACCUUCUGUCCGAUCGAACCCGGCUACCGAUCAACUGUCCGCUAAAGCGGUGUCGGACGUUCUUCUCGAGCUUCAACGGCAGGGCCCAGCGGCUGGAAGUGACCGGUGUACUUUGGGUAAGCAGGAGGGCGUCGAGGGCAUACCUGCGAUAUCCCGAGCCAAGAAUUUCCACGUGUCCACAGGCGGUUCGAUGGUAGGGGAAGCGAGGAGAGCUGAAGAGUAA